AAUGUCGUAACAAUCGUAACGAUAGAUGCACUCCAAGUCUCACAUGCCGAGGCGCCCGAUUGGGCCGCAGGUGCAGGCAAUUUUUGACAAGCCGGUCUUUCGCGUGAGCCCGAUCUUUGCGAAACACAACCCACUUCCUCCACCUUUCUUCCUAGCACAUCUUGCGGCGCAUACUCCUAGGCUUGCCUGUUAGCAAACGUAUCCCACCCCGCCGACUGCUUCCAUCUUUGCAUAUUCCGCGACAAACAUGGCUCCUGGAAAGUGGGACGACGAGGAGUCCGGCUCCGACUCCGGCUCUCCUGCCCCCGUUGUUGCCCGCCGUGGCAAGUUCGACGAUGAGGAGGAAGACGAUGUACUAGACUCAUGGGACGCCGCCGAAGAUUCCGAGGUUGAGCGCGAGAAGGCGAAGAAGGCCGCUGAGGCCAAGGCUAAGGCUGAUGCGGAGGCGAAAGCCAACCACAAGAGCAAGGCACAGCGCGUUGAGGAGCACAGACAAGAGAAGUUGCGUCGGCGACAGAUGGAAGAAGACUACGAGUCGGAAGAGGAGACCGAGGAAGAGCGCCGAAUAAGGUUGCGACAGGCCGAGCAGGAGGGCUCACGCUCUCAAGCGGAGGAGCUCUUUGGCGACCUCGCCAGCGGCAAGUCCAAGACCGCGAAGGCUGUCACCGUCUCUGAUGCCAACGAUCCUACGAAGUCCGUCGACCUUAGUGCGCUGUCCAUCUUCAACCCCAACACCAAGGACCAGUUCACAAAGCUGCGCGAGACUCUCACCCCUCUCCUUGCCAACAACGCCAAAAAAGGACAAUACUCGCUGUUCUUGCAGGAGUUCUGCAAAGGCAUUGCCAAGGACCUUCCCAGUGAGCAGAUUAAAAAGAUUGCUUCUGGCCUGACCACUUUGAGCAACGAGAAAAUGAAGGAAGAGAAGGCAGCUGAGAAGGGUGGAAAGAAGACCAAGGCCGCGAAGACCAAGACAAGCUUGAACGCAUCGAGAGACGUCGGCCGCUCCGCAGACAUGGCUGCAUAUGACAACGAUGACUUUGGCGAUGACGACUUCAUGUGAGGAAUCCAUCUCUGUCAAGCUGAGAUGCAAGUUCCUGCUACUCCUCUCCCGCGCCAAACACAACAGUCGGGCAGUCAUCGAGUCCGACUCCAUGCGCCUCACCUGUGUCACGCCUGGUAGCCACCUCACAACUUCCUUUUCUGCUUCACUGGCCUAGAGCGGAAAUUGCAUAGUUUGCUUGCAUAGCGGAGGCUGUACGUGGAGUGAACGAAUUCGAUAGACGUUGCUGAUGAAUACACAUCUUCUACAAUUUGCAUCUUGACCCAAGUCUCAAGCCGUCAUCCGUCUUCAUACUCAAGGUUACCUACAUCUACGACCGAUUGGGUUCAAACUUCCCAGCGAUAUAUUUAGGUGGCCCAGUAAAUCUUCUGUCCCAUGUGAUGAUGACGCCAAGUGGUGUAGCGAG